UCGCGUUUAUAUGCUUAAGGUUCAAAUUAUCAAUGGGUCACCCAACCAUUCUCUGUCUCUCGGAAUUGGUUUUUCUCUCCAGCCUCGAAGAGAAAUCGACAUGGGUUUCCUUGUGACAACCCUAAUUUUCAUGGUGAUUGGGAUCAUUGCGUCUCUGUGCACAAGAAUUUGCUGCAAUAGAGGACCCUCUACUAAUUUGUUCCACCUAACAUUGAUUAUUACAGCAACAGUCUGCUGUUGGAUGAUGUGGGCGAUUGUAUAUCUUGCACAGAUGAAACCACUUAUUGUCCCAAUUCUGAGUGAAGGGGAAUGAAGUUCUGUGAAGAUGCGGUUACAAUAUGGGUUAUGGAGCGUCUAACCGAGUAUCGGAUUUUGGUUUUUAUGGAUCCCUCAGUAUCUUCUUGUAUAUGUAAUUCUUGUAUGAGCAUAAACCUUGAAUUUGUUUUGUAUUGUUGCUUAAUGUAAGGACUUAGGUGCCAUGAAGUUGCUAUUUUUACCGUUCAUUCACUUCAGAAAUCAUUCUAUCAGACAUUGAAAUUACAAAUAUGUAGUUUAAAUGAAAUAAAUGAUUAUAGAGUU